AUGACUAAUAAUCCAUCGAAAUUGGAAAUAUUUCCCAAUGAAUUAUUACUUGAAAUUUUCGAUUACUUCGAACUUCGCGAUUUAUAUUAUAGUUUUUCGAAUCUCAAUAUCCGAUUCAAUAAGUUGCUUCGAUCAAUGAAAAACUUCUCUAUUAUUUUUGAGCACGAUGGUCCAUUAAUGAUAUCAUUAUUUGCUCGUCCAAUCAUUCGGUUGGUAGUUGUCACUUGGAAUGAUAUCAACCUCAAACGAUUUCAGAAUUUACGCUCGUUGACAUUACAUCAAGCGACCGGUGCUCAAAUGCGACAGAUUCGAUACGAAUUCAUACCUAAUCUAGAAUAUCUUUCAAUUUCAUCAAAGUUUAAUUCUUCAUCAUUGAUUCAACUUGUUAACGGUAUUUUUUCUAAUAAAUUUCCUUCGCUUCAUCAUAUUUGUUUCCGUCGUUUUAUUGAGUCAUACGAUUGUUCUUGGUCUUUCUCAUCAAAUCUCAAAUCGGUAUGCAUUAUUUAUUGUGAACCAAUCAUUAUUUCACUUAUCCUUGCAUCAUAUCCCCAUUUGUUAUAUCUACAAAUAGAAUUAUCAUCUAAUAAUCAACGUAUGGAUUUUUCUCCAGUUUCUUUUGAUAAUCAUCCUCUUAAACGAUUACUUUUCUUCGACUCUUACACGGCGUGCAUAUCGGAUCAUAUGGACAUAAUUCUUACUUAUAUGCCAAAUAUUGAAUGGUUAUGUUUAGAAUUUAGUUGUAAAAUUCCAUUAGUUGAUUUGAUGUUUACUAUUGCAAAUCGUUUGACUCAUCUUCGCCAAUUUUAUUGUCAAAUUACUGUAUCAUCAAUUAUUGAUCUCGAUAGAAUUCGACAAAUCCAUCAAUGUUUCAAAAGAGUUCAAUGGGAACAAGAUACUAACGCCUCUUUAAUAAUCAUAUCGAAAUAA